UUCAUCAGGGAGUAUCAUUUUUAUGAAAUGUCAUGUAAAAUAUCUCCGAAAUAUAUAUACAAUAGCCAAGUUUUGUACAAUACAUGUAUACAUAUGUAUUUGUAAUUUAAUUAUAUCAAUUUUCUUAACGUUUCUCAAAAAUUUCUGUAUUGUCACAUUGUGGAAUAAAUAUUUUCGCGAUUUUUCGGGACCAAGAUGCCAGAACGAAUCGAAAUUGGUAUUAUACCAAACAAUCUGAGACACGAAGAGACAAUAGUUCAAAUAGCAGAAGCUCUGGAUAAUUUAGAUGAUGCAGUUUCAUAUAUAUUUGAUUGUGUUGAUAGAAGGCUUUCAGAAAAUACACAAAGAUUAAGCAACAUUAAAGAAAGAGCUAGAAAAUUAGAAGAUAGAUUGCACUAUCUACAAACUAACUUGAAUUUGAAAGCAGUAAAAAUGUAUUCUGCUGCCAAAUAUCCAGCUAACUAUACUUAUAAAGAAUAUCGAGUAACCAUACCACCACAGCAUAAAAGCUCGACUAUCAUACCAAGCAUUUAUAAGUGUUCUGUGCCUAUAAAAGAUAUUCCUGAGUCAUAUUUAUCUUCUAACUGUAAAACAGAAGACGGCCAGUAUGCCGCAAAUAUCAAUCUUCAAGAGAAACUACAAUUCUACCAUGUACGAUCGAAGGUCAGCAAAAAGACGAACAAUCUCGAGGAUGACGAAGAACCAUUCCCACCACAAUUAUCUUCAGUUAGUGCUCUCCUAUUGUUCAAUAGCAUGGACAGUCCGUACGAAAAAACGUCCAUGAGAUCAUCCCGUCAAUCUAACGACAAGCAGCAAAUUGAGGACGCGCCGGACUCGAUUGUACAACCGUGGCUUUCAUCGGAAAUGGACUCGUCUUCUAACUAUCUGUACACCCCAACUCUUGGAGAGGUUCCUCAAAUAAAUGUACCGCUGACACUUCCAGACCUACCAGGCAUUGUAGACGAUGAAAAAUUUGUGCUCGAUCUUAACUCGCAAAGUCCUAUUGCACCAUCUUCCGCGGUCACGACACCCACCGUACGUUUGGACUUACCAACGCCAAAUAGUGACGAGAGGGACUCUCAAUUGAAAAUUGAGGAUAACGCACCGUGUUUACCCGUUUUGACUGAAAACGUGCCUGCCGCGACGGCUAUGUCGUCGCGGGAAUCUGCGCCACCACCACCGCCUCCUGCACUCGUCGCGAAUGCAAAUAGUACUGCAAGUAAUAGCAAAAGUAAUUACCAGCAAAUUAUGGCACCUCCGCCGCCUCCACCGCCACCACCGCCGCCACCUCCACCGCCACCAGCAGCGGAAUCGUCUGUGCCCCUAUCAAAUGAUAACCCGGGAAAGAAAGAGAAAACCGUGAAUCGUCCACCUGCGAGGAAUAUCACAGAUGAUCGUUCCAAUUUGAUGGCAGCGAUACGAGACGCUGGCGGAAUAGGCAGAGCGAAGUUAAGGCCCACUGUACCAGACGAAAAGAAGCGCGAUCGAUGGUCUUCGGCCUCUGUCGGAGGAGAUCUGAUGGCAGACUUACAUGCGAAAUUAGCAUUGAGACGCAAAGGUAUCGCCGGCUCUACAGUUGGUGCUUUAGAAAGAAUGUCAAGUCUAAUACCGCCUCCGCCAAAGCCAAACGAGGCAUCCGCGUCGGAUAGAAACUCCGCCACCAGUGAAUAUGACUCUCAACCCGACACAGACGAUUGGGAAGAGUGAUUGUUGCUGCUGCGAUGAUUGAUCAAGUGACGUACCGAUAAAGAGUUAUUGUAAGAAUUGUCGAGAAAAACGUACUAUAUUCGACGGCUUAAAACGUCAGUAUUCAUAUUCGCGUACGUGGAGAUUCAGGGAAACUCCUAUACAAUUCAGGUUCGAUGAAAUGAGAGGACGAUAGUAUCAUCAAAAUAUAUAGAGAGAUCUGUAGGUAUAUGUAAUCUAUUUUUAUUCAGCAAAAAAUAUAAUUGUAAAUUUCAUGCUAUGUUUGUCUGCUGAUUUAUAUUUUUUUCAUAUAUAAAAACAUUACAUAUACAAAUCACGAAACGUAUGAUUCAUGAUUUUCUUAAAUAUUAUUAUAAAUAUAUUUAUCUGAUUGUACAUUGAUUUUUCCGUACAAUUGUAAUUAUCCCACACAUUAUGUACGGGCAGAAUGAUACUAUGUACAAUUAUUUUCACGGAUGUAUAUAUUAUGUAAUUUAAGCGAGAUUUG